GGCCCGAGCCCGGCAGCCCCGUCCUGGCUCGCAGCCCGAGCGCUCCCUCGCCUCAGCCGCGGCUGCCUUGCGUAAGGGCCCGGGCCGAGCCCAUAAAGGCCCGGCCCGCGGGCCCGGUGCCAGCGGCACCAUGGCAGCUGCGAGGGACACGGCGCUGCUGGCCUCGAUCCUCUUCCUCGGGGGCACGGCGCUGCUGGCCGCAGAACAACCAGAAGCGGAGACCAAAUACGGGAGAGUGCGAGGGUACCAGUUCAGAGUGGACACAGCAGAGAGGACUGUGAAUGUCUUUUUGGCACUGCCUUUUGCUAAGCCUCCCCUUGGAUCACUGAGGUUUUCUGAGCCCCAGCCCCCGGAGCCAUGGCAAGGUGUCAGAGAUGCCACUUCCUACCCACCAAUGUGUCUACAGGACCAAGUACAAGGACAGUUAAUUUCAAAUAUGGUUACCAACAGAAAAGAGAAAGUUCCUCUGCAAGUGUCUGAGGAUUGCUUGUACCUAAAUGUGUACACACCUGUUUCUGCAGGAAAACAGGAGAAGCUGCCUGUCUUGGUAUGGAUUCAUGGAGGUGCAUUAGUUGUUGGAGCAGGUUCAUCAUAUGAUGGCUCAGCAUUAGCAGCCUUGGACAACGUGGUGGUUGUAGCAAUUCAGUACAGACUGGGUAUUGCUGGGUAUUUUAGCACUGGUGAUGAGCAUGCCCGAGGUAACUGGGGAUAUUUAGACCAAGUGGCAGCUCUUCGGUGGAUUCAGGAAAAUAUCCUGCAUUUUGGAGGAGAUCCAGCAUCUGUCACCAUCUUUGGAGAAUCUGCAGGAGGAAUCAGUGUUUCUGCUCUUGUCUUAUCUCCCCUGGCCAAGGGCUUGUUCCACAAGGCCAUUUCAGAGAGUGGCACUGCAGCCCUGGGCUUGUUCACUGACCAGCCUAAGGAGGAUGCACAAAAAAUUGCUGCUGUCUCUGGCUGUGAAAAAUCCAGUUCAGCUGCAAUGGUUGAAUGCCUGAGAGGAAAAACAGAAGAAGAACUGCUACAGAUAACACUGAAAAUGGACAUGACAGCACUGCUGAUCUGCAAUGAGAGCUCACCUGACAAGUGCAAACAGGAUUACUUUUUCAUCAGUGCAUGUGUAGAUGGUGCCUUUUUUCCAAAGAGUCCCAUGGAAUUACUAUCUGAAAAAUCAAUCAAUGAGGUCCCAUACAUCAUAGGAGUAAAUAACUGUGAAUUUGGAUGGGUAAUUCCUAUGGCAAUGAAAUAUCCUCCUUUUGUGGAUGGUCUGGAUAAAGAUGUUGCACGUCAGAUUUUACAGAGCAACUUAGCAGUAUUCAUCAAGGGCCUCACGUCUGAAGUUGUUGACAGAGUGUACAAGGAGUACAUGGGGGAUGCAGAAAGCCCUGCCCAGGUCCGAGAUGGCCUCCUGGAUGCAAUGGGAGAUGUCUACUUUGUCAUCUCAGCUGUGGAGGUGGCCAGACACCACAGAGAUGCUGGCAACCCAGUCUACUUUUAUGAGUUCCAACAUCGACCGAGUUCAGCGGAAGGUUUGGUACCAGAGUUUGUCAAAGCAGAUCAUGGAGCUGAGAUUGCCUUUGUCUUUGGAAAGCCAUUCUUAGCUGGAGGUGCUACAAAAGAAGAAAAUGAACUCAGCAGAACUGUUAUGAGAUACUGGACCAACUUUGCUAAAAAUGGAAAUCCCAACGGAGAGGGCUUGGUCCAUUGGCCUCAGUAUGACCUGGAGGAAAAAUACCUGGGAAUAGACCUGGAGCAAAAGGCAGCAGAGAAACUGAAAGAACACAGAAUGGAGUUUUGGGCACAGCUCAUGAAACAAAGUCAGACUGGAAGGAGAAAACACACAGAUUUAUAAGACCCAUGAAGGGUACAGUUUGCUUUAAAACCCAAAGGAAAAUCAAAGAAAAUUAGUUUGUCAGCAUAGAGAGUAAUAAUCACCUUCUAACUCACUGUUGUGUAAUCUGCUGUGCUAAUCACACUGGAGGGAGAGAAACAAGGGGCAUUUGGAAUGUUUGCCAGACUGAAAAUCACUAUUUAAUGAAGCUAGCAGAAAACCCCCACAAUCUUUCCAGGUCCAGACAGACCAUGGUUCCUACUCAGUGCAUAUCAAAAAUGAAUACUGAGGUGGGAAUGGGCAAAUGAACUGAAAUUGAUAGGAAAUGAUCAAUACAGAAUAUACCCUAAGUGUGAGACUAUUUUAUAUGCUUAUGCCCUUCUUCUUGCAGAAGAGUAUGGUCAGUUGUCCCUCCUAGAGACUCUUUCUGCUUUCUUUAACUGGAAAUAGCUUGUAGGCAGCAGAGAGGAGCAUCCCUGACACUACACCUGUGAGGUGGGCUUGACCUCUCACAAAAGAGGACAGAAAAUCUCUACCUGUUUUAUUGCUUUGUUAUUGUUAUAAAGAAAUGUUGCUUUGAUUUUUUGGAACUACCUUUUAUUUCACUUAAUUGAUGGAGUCCAAUUGCUAGGUCAAGUCACACAUGAGGAGUCAGAAACGUGCCCAGAUACUUCCUUCCACUUAAAUGGUUUCAGGUAUGAAUCUUUCAGGUUUCUGUGCGGGACCUGAGGCUUAAGGCUCUUUCACAAACUCUUCUGGGCUGUGACUGUGUGUCCUUCCACCCUUCCUGGCAGAUGCAAAGGGGGAAGCAAAGGCUGGAGGUGCUCCACAGCUCCCCAUAUCAAUCAUGUCCAAGCAUCCCCUGACACUGCCCCCACCUCAGAUGAACUCCCAGAUAGGGGAGAGAGCGAGAGGCAGACCACUGGUAUAACCCAGUGGUUUCAGAGUGAUCAGGAGGAUGAUUCCCCAGUUUAAAAAUAAUUCCCAUUUUAAUUUUUAAACAAAAAAAGGGGGAGAUGUUGUGGUGCUCUUUUUGUUUGAAGUUGGUUUGAUCCAUCACCCCCACUGUUUGUAAUGGUUCAGCCUGGAAUGCCCCUUCUUCCCUGGUCUGCCCCUCCCCAGCAUAAGAGUUAUGUCAAUCUUUUGUCUCCUCCCCUGUUACCCCGGUUACCCCUUGUCAAUCCCUCCCCGAGCUCCUGUCCAUCACUCACUGGCCUCUCCUUUCCUUCCAGAAAAUUCUUCCUUUGCCAGUAGGUGAUUGGGUCAGGAACAAGGGUCCCUCCUCUCUUCCACCCCUAUUCGUCCAACAAGUAUCUGUUACAAGUUUGUCCCCUCCUAGGUUUUCCCUGAUUGGUUACUGUGUUAUCCUCCCUCAAGUGUUCCACCCCCUGUAUAUGCUGUGUUCCCGCCUUCCUCUGUGUCUCUUCCCGGCUGACUUCCUCGGAGACAAAUAAAGCCUCUGGACUGUGUCCCCGAGAA